GCCGUUCCAAUCCAUUCCCCCGGUUCUCAUUCCCAUCCCCGCCUCCUAUUCUCCUCGCUCGCGCUGACGCGCUCCCACACGCACCCGGCACCCCCCGCUGUGCCGCCACACCAACACCAACACCGCACUCCACCGCCACAGUCCCCGCCCCCGCGUCGCUGUCGUCCGUCAUCGGUGCCGUCGCUUCCCCAGCACGGUACCCCUAGCGCCAGCGCACGCUAUAAGGCACCGCGGCCUAGCCAUGGCGCCCGCACCGGCAUCGCUCUCCGCGCCCAACGCCCUCUCCCUGCCCGCGCCCGCUAGAGUCACCUCCGGGAGGUGGAACAGGAGCCUGUCUGUUUCCGCCGCUGCGCGGUCCGUGACCCGGGUGGUGUCUGUCGCGUCCGCGGCAGCGGUUACGGCGCAGAGGAGGUUGGUCGCCGCGGCAGCGGCCACGGAGAUGGCGCCCACGGCGAGCGGGGAGGAUGGGAGCAAGCCCUUCGUGGAGGAGAUGCGGGAGGUCGCGAUGAAGCUGCACACCAAGGACCAGGCCCGCGAGGGGGAGAAGGAGCCUCAGGCGCCCCCCGUCGCCAAGUGGGAGCCCUCCGUCGAGGGCUACCUCCGAUUCCUCGUCGACAGCAAGCUCGUCUUCCAGACGCUCGAGGCCAUCGUCGAGCGCUCCGCUGUCCCGUGGUAUGCAGAGUUCCGGAACACUGGGCUGGAGAGAUCAGAGGCACUCAAAAAGGAUCUGGAAUGGUUCAGGCAACAGGGCCACACAAUUCCAGAACCAUCGCCCCCUGGCACCACAUACGCUACUCUACUGGAAGAACUGUCUGAGAAGGACCCCCAGGCAUUUAUCUGCCAUUUCUAUAACGUCUACUUUGCUCAUACUGCUGGAGGCCAAAUGAUUGGCAAAAAGGUUUCUGAGAAGAUUCUGGACAAGAAAGAGCUGGAGUUCUACAAGUGGGAGGGCAAUCUCUCCCAGCUGCUGCAGAACGUCCGCAACAAGCUUAACCAAGUCGCUUCAAGCUGGUCUCGGGAGGAGAAGGAUCACUGCCUGGAGGAGACGGAGAAGUCGUUCGCCUACUCAGGAGGCCUCCUCCGCCACAUAUUCACCUGACUUAACACUGUUGGCUGAUCCAGUUUCAAAUGCUGUACAUACAUAACCUUUGACUGUUAAAACUUUAUUACUGGUGAGGGGGAUCUCCCUCCCCCAGAUACGUUUUACCUGCAACCAAGUUGCCAAGUGUUGAAUAAACCUCCCUGCAUUGCUGGUGUUGGGU